AUGGAGAAACAACUCCUGGAUUACAUAUUGGUGCCAGCGGGCCUCCUCAUCAUGGUGGCUUACCAUAUUUGGCUCCUCCACCAUGUUGUCCACCACCCCUCUCGCACCGUCAUCGGCCUCAAUGCCCUCAACCGCCGCUUCUGGGUCGCCGCCAUGAUGGAGGACGUAUCCAAGAACGGGGUUUUAGCAGUUCAGACAUUGAGAAACAACAUAAUGGCGUCGACCCUCUUGGCCUCCACGGCCAUCAUGCUCAGCUCCCUCAUCGCCGUCCUCAUGACCAACGGCGGCGGGAAGCGUUCGGAGGCAGCGUUCAUCUACGGCGACCAGAGUGACAUGGGCUUCUCCAUAAAGUCCUUCUCCAUACUGGUCUGCUUCUUGGUUGCCUUCUUGCUCAACGUGCAGUCCAUUCGGUACUACAGCCAUGCAAGCAUACUUAUCAACGUACCUUUCAAGAAGGUGAUCAGCCUCCGGAACAGCGAUCUCACGGCUGAUUAUGUCGGCCGGUCGGUGAAUAGGGGAAGCUAUUUCUGGUCACUGGGGCUGCGAGCCUUCUACUUUUCCUUCCCCCUGUUUCUUUGGAUCUUCGGCCCUAUUCCCAUGUUUCUAAGCUGUGUCACCCUGGUAUUCUUGCUUCGUUUUCUUGAUUUCACCGUUGAUUAUGGUUGGGCUGCCGGUGCUUCCGACGGAGAAGAUCGCGGCGAGGCUUUGGAGCUCACCGGUCAGUUCUGA